AUGGAGGCUCAGGAGCUGUUUCGGCGGUUAGGUGCCGGUGCUCGCUUUGAUGUGCGGCGCUUCGGGCAAGACGCACGGCGAUUCGGGGUGAUGAAGGGGAGUGGCGGCGGCGGCGUCUCGCUGGAGAGCCUCGACUUCUUUGGGCGCAAGGAGGGAGCCCCCCUGGGGUCUGCCGAGGAGAGCUGGGGGCUCGCAGGGGCUGGCGAGGAGGUAAAGGGUGGAGAGCAGCAGAAGGAUGGAGCAGGCAAUAAUGAUGGAAAGGUGGCAGGAAAGAGAAAAAGAACCGCAGAAAGAAGUGAAGGAAAAAGAAAAAAGAAAAAGACACGAGAAGCAGCAUCAAUGCUGGAGUUGUCAGAAAGUAAUGGAAUAAAGUGGAUGUCCUCUCUGGAAGCAAAAUUCGAUGAUACAAAAGACAAAAAGCCUACUGCAGAAAAACUUGAACGCUUGAGAAGAGAAAAGGUAAACCGCUUCAGAAAUCGACACAAGAUUAGUAUUCAAGGAACAGAUCUUCCUGACCCAAUUGCUACAUUUGAUCAACUUCAAAAGGAAUACAAAGUCCACCCUAAAAUCAUGGAGAACAUUCAAGCUGCUGGUUUCCAGGUCCCAACACCAAUCCAGAUGCAGGCUAUUCCCGUCAUGCUUCAUGGUCGGGAACUUCUAGCUUCAGCUCCUACUGGGUCUGGAAAAACACUGGCAUUUUGUAUUCCUCUGUUAACACAUCUGAAACAACCUAGGAACAAAGGAUUCAGAGCUCUGAUCAUAUCGCCUACCCGAGAACUUGCUAGCCAGACACAUCGGGAGCUGGUGAAGUUGGCUGAGGGGACAGGCUUCAGAAUACAUAUGAUCCACAAGGCAGCAGAAGCAGCAAAGAAAUUUGGGCCCAAGUCUUCUAAGAAAUUUGAUAUACUAGUUACUACUCCAAACAGACUCAUUUAUUUGCUGAAGCAAGAUCCUCCAGCAAUAGACUUGACCAGUGUGGAGUGGCUGGUGGUGGAUGAAUCAGACAAACUAUUUGAAGAUGGGAAGUCAGGGUUCCGAGAUCAACUGGCCUCCAUCUUCCUGGCAUGCACAUCCCACGUGGUGAGAAGAGCCUUGUUCAGCGCCACCUUUGCACAUGAUGUAGAGGAGUGGUGCAAACUCCACCUUGACAGUGUUGUCCUGGUGUCCGUUGGAGCAAGAAACUCUGCAGCAGAAACAGUAGAACAAGAGCUUUUGUUCGUUGGAUCUGAGACAGGAAAACUAACGGCGAUGAGAGAGCUUGUUAAAAAGGGUUUUGCUCCUCCGGUCCUUGUUUUUGUACAGUCUAUUGAGAGGGCUAAAGAGCUUUUCCAUGAACUUAUUUAUGAAGGCAUCAAUGUGGAUGUCAUCCAUGCAGACAAAACUCAGCAACAGAGAGAUAACGUAGUGCACAGUUUCAGAGCUGGGAAGAUCUGGGUGCUUAUCUGCUCAGCCUUACUAGCUCGAGGGAUUGACUUCAAAGGAGUGAAUAUGGUCAUCAAUUAUGAUUUGCCAACGAGUGCGGUGGAAUACAUCCACAGGAUAGGUCGUACCGGAAGAGCAGGGCACACAGGAAAAGCAGUCACUUUCUUUACAGAAGAUGACAAACCUUUAUUACGGAGUAUAGCCAAUGUUAUUCAGCGAGCUGGCUGUCCUGUGCCAGACUACAUUAAACACCUUCCCAAACUGCAAAGCAAACAAAAGAAGAAAUUCAUUAAGAAACCAUUGAAAAGAGAAUCCAUUCGUACCACCCCUCAGUGCUUCUUAAAAAAAGCCAAAUGGAAAACGAAAACUACGAAGGAAAAUAUUAAGGAAAAGAAGAAAGUUAAAGAAGGUAAAAACGGCAGUAAAUUAUAG